GCCUCUUUCGCUCGCACAGUCAAUACCAAUUGGAAUUGUAGCGGCCGUCCAAUAACAGUAAAAGAGUUAAAGUGAAAUAGCAGCAGCCCGAAACGAACAAACUUAUUAUCCUUUUUUUCGCUUGUCAAGCAAACGAGAGACAAGUAAAGUAGACAGCCAACCAAUAACAAAAGUUGUAUAAACUUACGAAUCGUAUUGAAAUUCGCAAUUUUUAUUUCGAAACAAAUGUACGUAUAUUCUGGCUGCGACUACGAGGAAUAUUCAUAAUCAGUGCAAUCGUUGGACGGUAUUUUGUGCAUCAUCGUGUGACGAAAAGAAACGUAAUGCAUCACACAUUUGAGAACGUUAUUCAACUGUUGAUGAUUGUGUACAUUUUAUGCAAUCAAAUAAUUGGUUUGAAUUCAAAAUCAUCAAUUUUGUGGAAAUUAAAUGACAAAAGUGGAAAAAUUGAUAGCUACAGUGAUAGUCAUCAACACUUGGCGAAGGAAAUACGCGAUAUUUAUGAGAAUGAUGCAGUUUUCUCAAUCAUUACAUCGUCGGCGAACAGCAUUAAAAUCAAUAACCAUUGGCGAAAAGAUGUAGAUAGCACAUGUACAGCGUCAGCUGAUUUUCUGCACUCGUACAGAGCGGCAUCAAAUGCCCAUCAACUGAUGCAUAAUGUCAGUCAGAAGCGAUCCGAUAUCAACUUAGAUUGCGGUCGUCCCGUUAGUUUUUCCUUCUACGAUGAUCUAAUUGGAAUCUCAUUGCGCUACAAUCAUCCUUUACAGCCCGAUUUAGAGGCGGCGACUCUUUUUUUAAAAUCCAAUAAAAAUUUGAAAGCGUUCGACAUCAAUGUGCUGGAAAAACGACUGAAAAAGGCAAAACAUGACAAACCAUGGAACGCAAAAUUAUUCCAUAAAAUUGGUAAUUUUUGGCGUAUCAAAGGGGAUGCAGGAAAGGCCAUUGAUUGCUUUCGAAGUGCACUAAUUAUGGAUCCGACAAAUGCAGAUAUUCUGCACGAUUUAGCACGAAUCUUGUUUAAUUUACAAUAUUUAGAUGAUGCCAUUUUUCUAGCGAGACGAUCACUAGAAGCACGAUCGAACAGUCAACAUGCAUGGAGGUCAUUUUUCACAUUAGGUGAAAUCUAUCGUGCAUAUGGACAAUUUCAACAAUCCAUAUUAUAUUUUAGACAAGCACUUGAAUUAAAUCCACAACAUGAACCGAUUCGUCGUGCCAUUCAAGACAUGGAACAAAAAACACCUUCUCACAUUCAAUUUUAUACAAUAGUCAUCAUUUGUUUGCUGGUGAUAGGUGUACUUGGAGUUAUUAUAACAACAAAUGACUUUACAUUUGCCCCCGACACAGUUGAACCAAAAUCGCAACGAUCCCAUUUCAAUCGGGCCAUGGCAAUGAAAUCUCUGAAAGGAUUUGUUCAUCGUUCAAAACCGCGCAAAGUCUAAAAUUUAUCUAUUUUUCUAUUCAAAAAAAAAAAAAAAACUAUUCGCAAUAUCUCCUCGAAUGAUGACAGAAACGUGAAACAGAGACUAAAAAUUUAUUUGUGAUAACAAACAGUCAUACUCAGCUCUACCGUGAUUUAUGGGCAGUUUGUCUCUUAUCCAUAAUUAAAUACUAAAUUUUAAGUAAGACUCAAACAGUUAAUAUAACGAAGAUAGAACAAAGUGGAAAAACUAUUUAAUUUUCAAUUCUCUCGGGUAAUCAUAUCGAGUUCAGCUCAAUAUACCAAAUAAGAUUUUUCGUGCCUAAAAAAUGCUAUGCAUCCAAAGAUUGACUUUUUAAACUAAGCGUAAUAAUUUAGUGUUUUUAAUAAAACGAAACUCAGUCAAUUUCAUAUGUAAUAAUCAAUAAAAUUCGACGAAAACUUAUGCUCAUCAAAUUGGUGUGUACUGUGCAAGUACGUGCCUCCUUUA